CUCUGAAGUUUAAUAACCUCCGUAUAUUACCCCUCCUCUGAUAUCUGUGAUCCUGUCUGUGUUGUCUUUUCCUUCCUUCCUUGGUUUUUACACUUUCCCUCCCACCUCCGUCCCAUUCCUCAGCUUCCUUCGGGAGUAAGUCUCCUGCUAGAAACGGCCUCUCUCGUUUCCCUCCAGGCGGAUCGCUUUGUGAACCAGAAUGGCGCCGCCGAGGACUCCUGAUCGGGAUCUCUGAAGGCGCCUGGGGCCUAGACCUCCAAGAGACAAUGUCACAGAAACCGUCCAGCGGCAGUUGAAUCGCCAAGGAAAGAAAUGAGCUCCGAGUGGGUCCCUGUGGGUUUCCCGUGGCACGCUUUUCCCUGAGGGAGGAGUCCUCCCGCUUCCUCAGUUUCCCCCGGGCAUCACAAGAGACCCUUCCGAGGCCCUUUGUUGGUCACCGGGAUGUCAUCGGACAACCAGUCUUUGGAACUGUGUAAGGACCGCAGUGCCAGCCACAAGCUUCACCUGAUUGGAUACAGCCUGAUCUUCACAGCCGGCUUGCUUCUCAACGUUGCGGCCCUCUGGAUCUUCCUGUACUACCUGCGCAUCAAGUCUGUGGUGAGCAUCUACAUGCUGAACUUGGCUGUGAGCGACCUCCUUUUCACAGUAUCUCUGCCGUUCCGUAUCUACUACUACGCCGUCGGGGAAUGGCCCUUCGGGACGUUCCCUUGCCAGGUCUCUGGCUCCGUCUUCCAGAUCAACAUGUACGGCAGCUGCCUCUUCCUGAUGUGCAUCAACCUGGACCGCUUUGUCGCCAUCGUCUACCCGCUCCGCUGGCGCCACCUCCGGCGCCCUAAGGUGGCCCGGCUGCUCUGCCUGGUGGUGUGGGUGCUGAUCCUGAUAGGCUCAAUCCCAGUGGCUGGCGUUCACAAAACCACGUCCUGUCGGAAGGAAAACCAGAACGUCACGCUGUGUUUCGAAAGCUUCAGUAACGACCUGUGGCAGAAGGGACUCUUCCCCUUGGUCGUUCUGGCAGAGAUUCUCGGCUUUCUCCUGCCUCUCACUUCUGUGACCUACUGCUCGAUUAGAAUCUUCCGGAAACUGUGCAAGCCGGGGCGGGAGCAAAGCCUGCGCCAGCAGAAGACGAUCCGCCUGCUCGUGGUCAACUUGGUCAUCUUUAUCAUCUGCUUUGUCCCUUAUAACAUCAUCCUGGCAGCUUACGGGAUGAUUAAGGCCCGCGUGUUCCCGACUGAGCAGCUGACGAAGGAUUUGGUGCGCCAGGCCUUGGUCGUGACAGUGCUUUUGGCCAGUAUGAACUGCACCCUGGACCCCUUGAUCUAUUACUUCAAUACGGAGGGCUUCCGAAACACGUUAAAGAAACUGCGGCGGGGGCAAGCUUGGGACUCUGAGACGGGAACGCUUCAGACUCGGGUGAUGCAAAGCAAACCUCUCCGGGGAAACACUAAGGCAGAAGCCAAACGGUUCCCGGUCCGGCACUUGAUCCUCCCGCACAAGGAUUUGCCCUUUGCUCCUCCUAAGAUAUUUUUAAACAGCCCCAUUGAAGACUCUGAAAUAUAAGAACGCUGGUGACUUCGGGAACUUCGGAACAGGGUGAAAAGAUAAUGAUGACGAAACUCGAAUAUGGAGAGGGAGGGGCAGAUGUUUAGUCAAAGUCAAGCAAAGGCAGCUCCAUAUUUCCCCGGGUGGUUUCAGACAUUAUUUUUAGACUUUUGUGUUCAUUCCUGGGCGAGGUCUGUUCACAUGAACACUGCAUACAAGAUAGCAGUGUUGUUGCUUGGAUUAUACGUCCAGGGCAGACUCUCACGUUUAUGCUAUACUCCUCUCUAGAAACCAGCACCAAAGGGUAUUAAAAAUGACCUCUUGGGGCACAGCUGUUGAAAUUCAAAGUUCACACUGCUCAGGUAGACUGCUCCUGUACAAAGCUGUGCAAAAAAUGCUAAGUGCUACUGUCCAAUCCUGUAUCAGCCAUUUCCAGUGUUCUCUUUCCCAUGAAUGUUAUUCAGUGGCUGCUAUUUAUUGCUUUUGACUGCUGGCACAGGGACUAUGAAAGUUGUAAAAGCUGCUCUUACUAAGCCUCUCAGCAAGUGCUAACUAGCUUUUCAUCCAGUAUCUUGAAAACAUGCUUAAUGAUUCUACACUGAAAAGAAAACAUAUAGUUUAACAUUAUUUUAAUAAUUAAAUAUAUGAUCUUUUUUA